AAAGUGCAUAAAUUAUCAUAAGAUGAUGACAUCUCCAUAAAGACGAGAAAAUCUGAAAUUAGAAAUGUUAGCACAAAGUAGUAGUGAUCGCCAAAUUCCAAUUCGAGCGACGAUUUAAGAUCCAAUCAACCAGGAAAAGGGAAAAUUAAAAAACAUGAGGAGAAGGAAAAUUUUUGAAUCGGAAUCGCCUGUUGAAGAAGAAGAAGAUGAUGACAAAGAUGAAGAUGACGACGACGACGACAAGAAAUUAACCUCCAAAAACCCUGAUCCGAAACCAUUUUUGCCCAAAUUAUUUAUGUUCUGUUUGAUUGCGCGCAUUAUCAAUUCCUUGCUCGUGCAGACAUACUUCAAUCCGGAUGAACACUGGCAAGCUCUUGAAAUAGCCCAUCGAAUUGCAUUUGGGUAUGGGCAUCAAACAUGGGAAUGGGAAAAAGGCAUAAGGAGCUACUUGCAUCCAGCUAUCUUUGCUGCUCUGUAUAAAGUUCUUGCCUUUCUUCAUCUUGAUUCCCCUUGGUUCAUGAUUAGGUCUCCUCGCCUGCUACAGUCGGUAUUUGCUGCUUUUGGUGAUCUCUACGUGUACAAAUUCUCUCGAGUUCUGUUUGGUGGUAGUGUUGCUGAAUGGGCUCUCUUUGCACAGCUAAGCAACUGGUUCUUGUUUUUCUGCAUGCCUCGCACCUUUUCUAAUAGUUUAGAAACCGUUCUCACAAUUUUGAGUUUAUACUACUGGCCCUGCUUGAGAAGGUCUGCCACUACAGUUCCAUCUGGUUCAAGAAAGUAUGCCCUGGCAAUAGCAGCAAUAGCAUGUGCCGUUCGACCAACAAGUGCUAUCACUUGGAUUUACGUUGGUUGUGUGGAGUUAUUUUCUACACGUACUAAGCUAAAGUUUAUUUUUCUCGAGGUGGCUCCUAUCGGGGGGAUCGUGCUUGGUCUUACAUUCUUAUUGGACUAUCAGUUCUAUGGAUCAUGGGUGAUCGUUCCUCUUAACUUUCUAAAGUUCAAUUUCUUCUCAUCUGGUGGAGACUAUUAUGGAACGCAUGCAUGGCACUGGUAUUUGACGCAAGGAUUCACUGUUAUGCUCUUUACCUACAUACCGUUUACCAUAGCGGGCAUUAUUAUGUCCAAAGAGUGGAAGCUUCCUGGAUUGGUUGUCUGGGUUCUGGGAAUUUAUAGCCUCCUUGGCCACAAAGAGUUCAGGUUUGUUCUUCCUGUGCUUCCUGUAGCGUUGAUGUUCUCGGGUUAUUCCCUAGCUAGCCUAGGACGAGCAGAGAGGACGAAAGGAGGUUCAUAUUCACAUAUUAGGCGCGCCCCGAAGCUGGAAUUAGCAGUCCUAUUCCUUCUCGUAACUAACGUCCCAAUGGCAUUAUAUAUGAGCAUGAUUCAUCAGAGAGGAACAGAGGAUCUCAUGAACUAUCUCGCGGAGGAGGCCACAGAGAAUAACGUCCAAAGCAUCCUUUUUCUAACGCCUUGCCAUGCUACACCAUACUACUCCACUCUGCAUCGCAACCUUCCUAUGCGUUUCUUGGACUGUACGCCAAGUGAUGACAAAGGAAUCUUGGAUGAGUCCGAUCAAUUUUUAAAGGACCCCAUUGGUUUCACAACAAAGUUGGCUCAAACUUGGAACCGUCCAAGCCACAUUGUUCUGUUUGAUUCAGAAGAGAAGCCAUUGAAGGAGUUUCUAGCCUCACAUCAUUUCAAGGAGAUGAAAAGAUUUUUCCACUCUCAUUUUAAGGUGGAUAGAGAGUUGCAAGCAUCAGUGUUAUUGUAUGCUUUUCAAGGCCAUUGAAUUGAUGAUGAUACCAAAUUUUGCAGUGGUGGUUGAACAAGUGAAGAACUAGUUGUAGGAAGUUUUUAAGUAGUGGUGUCCUGACACUUUUUUGGGGGAGAUAAAUUUAUCAACUUUGUCAUUUACAGCAGCUGAAAUCCCAUUGUUCUUUUUUACCACCUUGUAGUUUUGAAUAGAUUUGAGAGAGAAUAUUCAAUGAAAAAGAGCCAUAUUACAUA